CAGAUCAGUUCCCGUUCCCUUUCUAUUUGGCAUAAAAUUUACAUGAACUGGUGUUUCCAUUGACGAUUGCAGUGCAAGCACAAUCGAUCGAGGAAGGAGAGAUAGAAGCGAUUCGACUGUGGAAUUGCUUAAUUUUGAUUGCUUACAUUUAUAUAUUCUUUACUCUUGGUAGGGCUUGGAGCUAGUUCUGGUCUUAUUUAUUUGAUGAAAUUCGAUGCCCAUGGCAAGCAAUUCUGGAAAGGGAGCCACUUCAAAUGGGUCUAUUUAUGUUUGUAACUUGCCUGAUGGCACCGAUGAAACAAUGUUGGCUGAAUUUUUUGGCACUAUCGGGUUGCUGAAGAAAGACAAGCGAACUGGUCGACCAAAGAUAUGGUUGUACCGAGACAAAGAGACCGACGAACCAAAGGGGGAUGCCAUGAUAACGUAUGAGGACCCACAUGCUGCUUUAGCUGCCAUUGAAUGGUUCAACAACAAGGAUUUUCAUGGCAAUAUUAUCGGAGUUCUUAUGGCACAAUCUAAGAGCAAAGAUGAUCACUUGUAUAACUUGGAGGCGGAUCCAGCUGGUGAUAAUCUUGAUGGUUUGGAAAGUUCUAUGGACAUGAAUGAUGGUGGUGGGAGAGGUAGAGGUCGGGGCGAUGCUACAGCAAAACCAUGGCAACAGGAUGGAGAUUGGAUGUGUCCAAAUACAAGUUGCUCCAACGUAAAUUUUGCAUUUCGUGGUGUAUGCAACCGCUGUGGAAGUGCUCGACCGACUGGUGCGUUUGGUGGUGGUCUGGGUGGUGGAGGUCGUGGGAGGGGUCGUGGUGGCACCGAAUCUGGGAACCCUGGCCGUCCAGCUCCUGGUUCUACCGCACUUUUUGGUCCAAAUGAUUGGCCUUGCCCCAUGUGUGGAAACAUUAACUGGGCAAAGCGAAUGAAGUGCAAUAUCUGCAACACUAAUAAACCUGGCCACAAUGAGGGUGGUGUGAGAGGAGGGCGAGCUGGCGGUUACAAAGAACUAGAUGAAGAAGAACUAGAGGAAACAAAGCGACGGCGAAAGGAAGCUGAAGAGGAUGAUGGUGAGCUGUAUGAUGAAUUUGGCAAUCUGAAGAAAAAGUUCCGUGCCAAGACACAGCAAGCUGAAGCUGGUCAGGUGCUUCCAGGUGCUGGACGUGCGGGAUGGGAGGUUGACGAAAUAGGAGUCGUCAACAGAGAUGGGAGAGAGAAAACCCGAGAAAGAGGAAGGGAAAGGGAUGACAGAGGAAACAGCAAAAACAGAGAACGGGAUGACAGAGACAGACGCCGGAGUCGAAGCAGGGAGAGGGACAGAGGAAGAGAUCGAGAUCGGGAUUAUGAUUAUGGUCGAGAUAGAGACUACGGGAGAGAGAGGGACCAUGAUCGGGACUGGAACCGGCACCGCUACUAAUGAUGGAAGUCAAGGUUCUAAGUUCAAUCUGGUGUAUGUGUUCUUAAAAAAACCUUUUGCUUUCUUUGCCGUAACGGAAGACAUUUGAUUUUAGACCUAAAGUUUUCAUUUGCUUGGAAGUAUGAUUGAAGAUGCAACUUUUUUUAGUUCCAGAUAUAUUUAACAAGAAUCUGAACAUUUUUUUGGUGGUUUUUAUUUGCUUGGAAGUAUGAUUAAAGUUGUUGCAACU